AUAGACAACGUAAUAAAAAUGUGCCACGCGAUCAAAAAAUUAUAAAAUAAUUAUUUUGACAGUAACCAAAUAUCCAAACACGUGCCAAUUAAAUAAUUCAUUUUAAUAAAGUCGAACAAAUAACUGAAAUAAUUGAAGUGAAAUGUAAUAAUUCAACAACUAGUUGCAUUUCGUACUUGCCAAACAAAAAGGACGAAACCUGGUAACAUUCCAAAAACAAACUCGUUCGUGUGAUGAUGAACUUGUGAACCGGCGUCGCUGUGGCAUUUUAGUGUGACUGGGACUUUUUGUGUUCGUUCUUUGUUCGUUAUACAUGUCGCAAAUGAAGUAAACAACUGUUCAUAGUGUGAUUUUUAUUAGUAUUUUGUUUUCUGUAGUGUAGUUUUAUUGUAAAAGAACAAUGAUUAAAAACGAGAUGGAGAAUGGCGGCGGCGACGCCAACAAUGUGUCACCGACCAAACUCAUGGUCAAUUACAUACCCGAGCUGAUGACGCGUGAUAUGAUGUACGCACUCUUCUCCGCCAUGGGCAAGAUAGAGAGCUGUAAAUUAAUAGCCAACCGAGGUUACGGCUUCGUCGAGUACGAGAAACAUGAGGAUGCUGAAAAGGCGCGGGCGGCAUUCAACGGCCUCCUCAUGCAAGGAAAAACCCUGAAAGUGUCAUUCGCAUUACUGAACCCCGAAAAUAAGGUCAGCCACAAACCUGACACGGAAUCUAACCUUUACAUUAGCAAUCUACCUCCAGACAUGACGUUAGAGCGUCUUAAUAGUUUAUUCAGUCAGUUCGGUGUAAUAACGAACAGUCGGGUCUCGCAAGGCAUCGGGUUCGUGUGUUACGAGACGAGGCCGCAGGCUGAGGAGGCAAUCAAACAUAUGAACGGACAGUCGCCGAUCCCGGCCGCAGGCGCCAUAGUGGUCAAAUUCGCGAACAAACCAAAUGCUAACAAGAACGCGCCGCGGCCGACGCCCCGUGUCGCAGUGGGCGCUGCGCCGCUUGCCUACAACGGCGCCACAGCAGUUUUCAACGGCACUGCGCCCGCCGCCUUUAACGGCACCAACUUGAGCGCAGCAUUCGGAGCGCGGCCGGCUGCCUUCGCCCCCGGGUUCCCGCAAGCCUCGCCUCCGCCACUGCUGCCUUCGCCUGGUAAGGCGUUACCGUUCAUCAACAAGGGGCAGCAACGCUUUAACCCGAUGGCAGCCACCAACCACACGCCGUUGCCGCUACUGGGGGCGCCGGCCAGCCCCGUGCCGCUGCUGGGCGCGGCGCCCACUCCGCAUCAGACCACAGUGUAUGUAUACAACAUUGGUGAGGACACUGAGGAGCUGGCUCUAUGGCAACUCUUUGGUCCUUAUGGUGCAAUUGAUUCCAUAAAAGUGAUCAAAGAUCCUGAAACAAAGAAAAACAAAGGUUUUGCAUUUGUGAAUAUGCGUGAGUAUGACGAGGCCGCUAUGGCCAUACAAGCGCUCAAUGGAUAUACGCUCAACGGACAGGUUCUAUCGGUUAGCUUUAAGACUCAGAAGAGAAAUAAUUAAAUUGUGUGCGGACGUUGUGAACGCCGUAACUUUUGUGAUCGUUCCCAGGCCGAAUGCUUAAGAAAGAUUUUCAUUCCAAUUUCAGAUUAUUUUUGUAGACGGAAAGCGAGAUCCUAUAUGUGCAUUUCAAAUUAGUCACAUAAGUAUUUUUGUAAGAUUUAACAUAGUUUUAUAUUCGCGAGAGCGCGACAUGACUUUUUUGUGAGUUUUAGUUGGCUUGACAGUAUCAUAUAUGUGUACACUUUUAUCAUAUGCUAAUGUAUUAUAUUAUUGGACUAUAUAUGGACCUGUCGCACUAUGUAUAUCUGCCGCGGGCGCCAGGGCGCGCCCCGCCUCCGCUAAUGCCGCCCUGGCGCUCGACAAUAACCCUCCAGGUAUUUUAUUUUGUGUAAAACAAAACAUUGUAUGUUUUUAUCUUUAAUAAAUUUCAUGUUUAAAUAGAG